AUGUGGUGGAUGAACCCGGGGAAGGAGGUUCUGAACGUCCUGUUCAACCGUAUCCUUGCCCCGUAUGUGGAGAAUUUGGAUAUGAACCAAGUCAAUUACGGAAUUGGACAAGGCCAAUUGACCCUCAAAAAUCUACGAUUGAAGAAGGGCGCACUCGAUAAGUUUAGGCUUCCAGUCGACGUGUUAGAAGGACACCUUGGCAAGUUCACCCUCUCCUUGCACUGGAUGAAUCUGGGAAACCAGCCGGUCGAGGUCCUGAUUGAAGACGUUUACAUUUUGGUGGUUCCAUCGACGCAGUCUAGUUAUGACCCGGAGGAGGAGGAAGAGAGAAUGCAGGCAGCCAAGGCUGAACGCCUUCAAAAUGCGGAACUAUUACACAUGCGCGGUCAGGCUGAGACUACUCCAGGUGGGUGGCAAAUAUUUUAUAGUUCGUCACAAAACCAGGGACUGUGGCAAAGCUUAAUGGCCAAAGUAAUCAACAACUUACAAGUCACUGUCAAGAAUAUCCAUAUUCGUUACGAGGAUAAACUGAGCGUUCCAGGGCAUCCCUUUGCUGCCGGACUGACACUGGCAGGUUUUGAAGCGGUGUCAGUGGAUGAAGAGUGGCAGCCCGUAUUCAUCGAAAGCACUGCCGGAGCCAUUCACAAGCUGGCAAACCUGCAAUCUUUGGCAGUAUACUUUGACACCGACUCCUCGAGUAUAGCCGGUUUACCUCCCAAUGAAUCCAUACGGAAAUUCCACGAUAUGAUCGCGUCUGGAGUUCAGAGUGCAGAGCACCAAUUCAUAUUGAAGCCAGUAUCCGGAGAAGGCAGAGUUGUCGUGAACCAUAGAGUGGAUAAUCAUACCCCCCGUUUCGACCUGCAACUAUUAUUUGAUGAGAUAGGUGUUGCAUUGGACGACCAUCAAUAUCGAGAUGUAAUAUCUCUGUUGGAUAUGUAUCAUGUGUAUAUUAGACAACAUCAGUAUCGCAAAUACCGUCCCGGCGAUGAGGAGUUCUCCAUCAAUGCAGCCGGUGCCCGAUUACACUUUGCUGGAGUAGCAAUACUGGAAGAAGUGAGAGAGAAGAACAGGAAGUGGACAUGGGCUUAUUUCGCAGAACGUCGAGACGACAGGAAUAAGUAUGUUGACCUAUUUCAACGAAAACAGUUGGGCGUGCUACCUCUGGUGGACCAGAAAGACUUGGACACUCUGGAACGAAAACUAUCAUAUGAAGACAUUCGAUUUUAUCGGUCUAUCGCUCGUUCUAAACUUCGCAAGGAUACAGCAUUGCGGAAAAGGCUAGAAGAGGAGAAGGCAAAGCAACAACCAACGAAGCAGAGCUGGUCCAGUUGGCUGUGGGGUUCUUCUGAAGAAGACACCAAGCAAGAAGAUCCCGCGUUUGGCGGUCCGAUGACCGACGAGCAGCGGCAGCAGCUAUAUGAGGUCCUCGACUAUGAUGAGAAGAGUGCAGUAGUUGAAGCUCUCGAAGCACCGCGAGACUCAUUGAAGGCUCGUUUGUCAGCCAGGCUGAAUAGAGGUUCUUUCGUUCUGAGGACUGACCCUCAUGGGACGGCUGAUGAAAUCAUCUCCGUCAUCUUCGAUGUUUUCCGGGCCAAUGUCGUUCAAAGGGCAGACAAUCUGGAGGCAUCCGUUUCGCUUGGUGGUUUUGAAGUAUUGGAUGGUACUACUCAAGGGACGCUUCAUCCUCAGAUUGUAUCCGUCAAAGACAUCCCAAGUUCUUGGGAUGAGCAGGAUCAAGACGACUCUUUCUUAUUCGUGAAGUUCGAGAACAAGCCACUCGACGAGCGCGCCGAUAACGCCUUAACCGUUCGCAUGCGGCACAUGGAAAUUGUUUACCACAAAGGAUACGUAGAAGCGAUCUACAAAUUCUUCAAACCUCCUGAAAGCCAGCUCGAAUCCGUCGAAGCGCUACUGAAUGCUGCCAGUCAAACUUUAGAAGGGCUCAGUAAGGAGACACGAGCUGGAUUGGAAUUUGCCCUCCAAAAUCACAAAACAAUCGACAUACAGAUGGACAUGAACGCCCCUGUCAUCAUCAUCCCAGAGGAUGUGACGACAAAAUCGUGCAAGCAUUUACUCAUCGAUGCCGGUCAUAUGGCAAUCGAAAGUGACCUGGCGGAUAAAGAGGCCAUUCGAGCAGUCCAUCUGAAGCGUAAUCAGCAAUAUAGCGACGAGGACCACAAACGGCUCGAAGGUCUGAUGUACGAUAAAGUAUCCCUGAAGUUGAAGGAUGCCCAGUUCAUUCUUGGUAAUGAUCUUGAAUCAUGUCGUAGGGCUUUGACGUCGGAGAACGACAAUGCGUUGCACCUUGUGGAGCGUAUCAAUGUUGACCUUCAGGUCCAAAACUCCAUUGUACCAUCUGUUUUGAGUCUUUCAAGGUUUAAAGUGUCAGGAAAUCUUCCGACCUUGCAGGUUAACCUGUCUGAUAUCAAAUACAAAUCGCUAAUGCGACUUAUUGAUGUCUGCAUACCGAAGUUCGGCGACGAUGACGCACCACCUACGUCAGACCACGUUCCUGCGAAGUUUCCACUUGCAGCAGGUCUUUUCAGUCAAGGAGAACAAGAGUACAACCUCGAGGAUGACGCUGAGGGCGAGGCUGAUGCGUCUCGAGAUGAGUUUUUUGAAGCUAGCGAUGAAUUCGUUGAUCGACCAGAUAUCCAUCAACACAUCUUCGAUUUUGAUUUCCACGUGGACGAACUUAAGGUUAAUCUAUACAAGGCAACAGCGGACAACGUCGAGAAAGCGCUUGGCAAUGUUUCGCUCGACAAAUUUUCAUUGAUUUUUGCAUUGGCCAAAUACGACAUGAAGGUGGAUGUGAAUCUACGGGCGCUUUCCAUGGAUCUCGUUCAACCCGAUGCCGAUCCAAUCAAAUUCAUGUCUUCUUUGGAACUGGACUCGUCACAGGACAAGGACCUCUUGAGCGUCACCUAUACCCGCAUUCAGCAGCAAUCACCCCAGUACUUCAGCGUCUAUGAUGGGGUUGAACAAAAGGUCGACGUGAAGAUCUCCACUUUCAUCUUCCGCGCAGCUCCCGAACCGGUCCUCUCUUUAUACGAUUUCAUUAUGACCACUUUCGUCCCUCAACCUACCGAUGAGAUGGCCGUGCAACCAGUACAAUCCGGUGCACCGGAGACAGGCGCACCAAAGCCAAGCAACGCCGAGGGAGGCAAAAUACACGUGGCAGUCAAACUUGCGAGCGUUCAAGUUGUACUUGUGAAUGGGCAGGCAAGCCUGGCUACACUCUCCUUGUCGACGGCAGACGUUGACGUGUUGUUGCGACCCAAAACCAUGCGUGUAUCUGGUCGUCUCGGAAGUUUGUCGCUCAGUAACGACAGCGAACUAUACACAGUCCGACCAGAAUUUGAUCAGAUCAUGUCUAUCGAGGGGCAGAACUUCGCCGAAUUUCUGUACGAGACAUAUGAUCCAGAUGCGGAAGCUUACAAUGGUGUCAAAACUUUCGUGGAUUUGAAAGCAGCUUCUGUCAAGCUCCAUUUUCUAGAAUCGCCUCUGCACGACAUAUACUUGUUCCUAGUGAAGCUCGCCAAACUGAAGGGCCUGUACGACGCAGCUACCCAGGCUGCAGUUCAAAGUGCCCCAGAGAUUGAACGAAUGCGAUUUGAUGUUUCUGUCAAGUCUCCAAUCGUCGUGUUUCCUUCAGAUCCCACACGCUCCCGAGACGCGCUCGUACUGCGGUUAGGAGAAAUCUCGGCCCGCUCAUCGGAAACAGAACCUAACAGGUUUACCACUGGUCUGAGGGGAAUCCAACUUGUCUCCAACAUCUAUUCUGGUGACGAGCCCUCGGGACUCAAAAUCAUUGACGAUAUCGACGUAACGGCGGAUGUAGCUCAAGCGGUUGGCAUAGAUCGGGCUCAUGAUUUCGACCAGCCUGAUACACAGGUUAUCGUCAAGAUCUCGGAUGUCCGACUUCAUUUGACACAAGUCCAAUACGGAAUUCUUAUUCGCUUAAGUCAAGCAAUACCCAGAGUUCUGGCUGGAGCUCCUGAAGGAUACGCAGAAGCAGAAUCGGUGGCGUCCGCGAGUCCUUCUCCAACUCCUGAUUCUACAAAUGACUCUCGGCAAGCGUUGGUGCAAUUGGGACCCGAGCUACAGAUAGUGCCCUCUGCAGAUCGUCGCAGUUGGACUACCAUAGAUUUGGUCGUGACCGUCGAUACGCUACCACCGCCUGCUAAACUCAAAGAGCAUGGUAUCGCAAGGUUCGCUUUGAACCGGAGCGAACUCCGGUACAAAAUGCUAUCAGACGGCUCCGGUGAAGCCCAAGUGGUGCUCAAACCAGGAAACACCAAAUUCCGAGAAAUUAUUCCCGCUGCACAACAUGACCGCAACCAGUUUAUGAUUCUCUAUACCAUGGCUGGAGGUUCCAAAGGUUCAUCUUUGGCUAUCUUGACUAUUGAUUCUCCUCAGAUCAUCUUCGCUGUCGAUCCUGUCUUCCGUGAUGCCGAGAAAUCGCCUGCAAGUUAUCCGACAAGCGACAGCGUCGAAGUGGAAAGUAACCAGUCGAGUCUGGACUUCCGCAUUGACUUACACGAUGUCUCUGUCAAUGUCCUCGAAAAUGACGCCGACGCUGAUACCCAAUCCAUCAAGCUCACUAUCAAACAAAUAAUGCUUUCGCAGCAGGGCAUACUUGCGCUCACUAUCAACCGCCUGGGAAUGUCUUUGAUAUCCAUGGGGAGGGAGUCUGACACCGUUCGAUUUCUGGAUGAUGUCGACAUGACUUUUUCACUGGACAGUCGGUCAAAUAUGUCACAACAAAUGACAAGCAUUGAAAUCAAUGCUAAACCCAUCGUAUUUCGAGCAUCAUACCGCGAUAUCAAUCUGAUCACUGCCAUCGUCAACAAGGCUAUUGAGCUUCACGGAAACUCCCAAUCUGAUACCCAUGUGUCCACUAAAAAAUCCUCUAAGAGUGCCACCAGAACUCGCUCUCAUCCGGUUGGUAAGGCUCGUAUAUCAAUGUCAAAAGAACAGUUAAAAUGCUCCUUCGAUGGAUUCCGUCUUGUCUUGAUUGGAGACAUGCAUGAGCAACCGAUGCUGCAUCUCAAAGUGAAAAGAUUCAUCGUCGGUGCCAAGGACUGGUCAGGUGCUCUCGAGAAGCGUCUGGACUUGAACCUCAGUACAACAUUUGCAGAAUUGGCCAUUACUACGGCAAAUAUGUGGAGCGAAGAAGGAGAACGUGUUCUGCAAAGAGCCCGCGGCAGUUAUGCGCCUUACCGCAUUCGCAACAGAACGGGCUCUACCAUCCAGGCGUGGUCAGAUGAUACUAGCAGGAGGUUCAAGCGAUGGGGAAUCCAAACGAAGGACUGGCGAUUUGAUGACUGGAAGGCUCUGAGAGAACACGUUGCAUCAUCAGGACAACAUAGUAUUGGCGUGCAGGUGGUUGGUGCGCCUUGGGAGCGGAUUCGAAGUAUUCCGGUUGACAGAGAAGGAGAAUUCACCUUCCCUCUGAAGCCCCGAACCGAGAAGCUUGUGAAUCGUCUACUGUGCGAAGUCAAAGUCAUCGACAAUGUCAAAAUCGUUACUAUACGCUCGACGUACAAGAUUGAAAAUCACACGCUCUAUCCCCUAGAAGUCUCGCUUGUUGAUGACCGUGGUCAACCUGGCCAUUCUCUCGAGAAAAUUGUUCCUGGUCAAGACUACGCCAUACCAAUCGACGCCGUUGCCAAUCACAGGAUCAGAAUACAACCUGAUCAGGGAUUCGGAUACAAGUGGUGUCCUGCGAUCCGAUGGGAGGACCUGAUUUCAUUAAAAAGCUUUACUGUCAGAUGUCCUCAUAACGAUCCACGUGAAGCCGCGUUCCGCUUCCAGGCAUGUGUUGAUACAGAUUUUCGAGAUCCUGGUUUGAGGAAAUAUCUCAAGAUCAAUUUGAAGCUCCGGGCUCCUCUAGAGCUGGAGAACCUUCUACCCUACAACCUCCAAUACCGAGUCUAUGACAAAGACACCGACCAGAAUUGGCGAAGCUAUCUGCGGAAAGGAGGCGUAAUGCCUGUGCAUUCUGUUGAACUUGGUCACUUAGUCCUGCUCAACGUUGACAUAGAGGACAGUGUGUUCGAACAAAGCGAAUUUGCCAUCAUCAAUACCGACGAAAACUCUGACUUCGACGUAGAAAAGCGACUUAGUCUCAAAGAUCCUAGGGGCAGAAAGUUAACUCUCAAAUUGAACUACGUGCGGUAUCCCGAUUCCGGAGGCGCUUUCAAAGUUCAAAUAUACAGCCCUUACGUCGUUGUCAAUAAAACUAGAUUGCCUUUCGCUAUCCGAUCGGUUCGAUCGACACGAUCCCAAGAGGUAGCAGGUGACGAUCGCCAAGUACUAUCUCAUCAAGCAGACAAUGGGCAUGAGUUCUGUUUGAAGUUGGGGGACUCCGCUUGGUCGAAGCAUUUCAGUGUAGAGGCACCCGCUGCAGAAACCGCCCUGGUCGUAGCAUCUCAGACAUCGAAGCUAGAUGAGCUACACGUUGGAUUAUCCUGGGGUGAAGGAUCAGGGAAGUACAAAUUGACGAAGGUUUUGACGCUUGCUCCUCGAUUCCUAGUCAAAAACAAACUUUCCGAGCCCAUUGUUUUCCGCGUGCACGGCACGAACAGGUGUCCCCUUACUACCCUUCGAGCCGGCCCGGAAAAAUUGUUAACGGUAGCGUUUCCAGGGCUUGAACGCUCAAUGGUGAUCAGAAAGAUUUUUUCCUGUUUUUCCACAGCUAAUAGCUUUUUCAGGUCACCGCCAAUCAACAUAGAAGACAUAGGGAAGAACGAAGACAUGCGCCUGAUACGUGCCGAUGUAAAACUCGACGGAUCAACCAUCUUCGUGUCAUUUGCGUCUGGCGGGAAUGAAUGGCCGUUUUUGAUAGAAAACGGCAGUGAUUCCGCCUUCUCUUUCAGUCAGCGGGUAUGGUUAUUUUACGGGCAGUAUUUUGCUGUGGACACCCGUGACGAUUCUAACCGUGCAACGAAAUCGAAUCCUGUUUACACAAUAGCGCCUCAUACAUCCUUGCCGUAUGCUUGGGAUUACCCUGCUUCACGAGACAAAAAUAUCACCCUGGCCAUCAAUGGGUCUCGCCGUGUCAUCGACAUUAUGGAGAUCGGCAAUCUGGUCCCUUUCAAAUAUAAUGACGGACAACGUAAUCGGAUAGUCUCUCUCGAUGUCCGUGCGGAUGGGCAUAAACAGAUCUUGCGAAUCACAAAUUAUAAUCCGGAACAUAGUCUAUACAAACCCAAGAACAGAAGUCUGUCCGGUUCUGUCUCGAGACAAGAUACCAUUUCCAGCGCAGAGGCUUUUGAGGCCAUUACAGAAGACAUAGUUCCGACGUUUGGAUUCAGCAUCAACUUUGCCGGUAUCGGGAUCUCGUUGGUCAACCGCCGAUUAAUUGAAGUCAUAUUCGUGUCAAUGAACACGUUGUCAUUUGAUUAUACCAACAGUCCUGUGGCUCAGACAGUCAAUAUCUCUUGCGGGAACCUGCAGAUCGACAAUCAACUACAUGAUGCACUUUAUCCAGUCAUUCUCCAGCCCACACCUAUGCCCAAAGAAUCCAAUGGAGUCGCUCCAUUGCCAACUGUACAAGCUUCAGUAAUCUGGCUAAACGAUGCAGAACAUGGGGUUUUGUUCAUCAAAUAUUGUUCCAUCCUGUUGCAGGCAUUGACAAUUGAAGCUGACGAAGACCUUCUUUUCUCCAUCUACGACCUUACUCAGAUUCAAGGUGCCUCAUGGGAGGCAGGUGUGGAGGAUGUAUUAAUCCAGGAUGCUGAUGUUAUACCAGAACCAAAAGAAACAACUGUUGGUCAGGAACUAUACUUCGAAGUGCUGGAAUUGCAACCCAUCAAGUUAUCCUUAUCUUUUAUGCGUACGGAACGAGUUAGCAGCGAGGAAAAGCUUAGCAUUAGAAACCCCUUGGCUGUCGUUGUGAAUGCUCUGACAAUGACAGUAGGAAACAUCAAUGAUGCACCACUGGAGAUGAACGCCCUUGCGAUAAAGGAUAUGCGCCUAAAUUUCCCCGAGCUUCAGAGUCGCAUAACGUAUCAUUAUCGACAAGAUGUCCUUCGUCAGCUUUACCGUAUCCUUGGAUCAGCUGACUUCAUUGGUAACCCUGUUGGUCUCUUCACCAACGUCAGUUCUGGGGUCGCAGAUAUUUUCUACGAACCGUUCAAUGGUGUUGUCAUGCACGGGAACAAAGAGUUGGGCAUUGGUCUUGCUAAGGGCGCGGCGAGUUUCGUGAAGAAAACCAUCUUUGGACUCAGCGAUAGUAUGACAAAGUUUACCAGUAGCGUUGGCAAAGGUAUAUCAGUGGCAACAUUCGAUUCCGAGUAUCAAGCUCGUCGAAGGAUGACGCAGCGCAGGAAUAAACCGCGUCAUGCUAUCUACGGUGUAGCCGCUGGCGGGGAAGCUUUAGCGACUAGUGUCGCCAGUGCCUUUGAAGGCGUUGUGAUGAAACCUUACGAAGGUGCUGAGUCUGGGGGUGCAUAUGGAUUUUUCAAAGGUGUGGGAAAGGGGGUUAUUGGUGCAGUCACCAAACCAGUUGUUGGUGUUUUUGAUCUUGUGUCGAACGUAUCCGCAGGUGUGCGGAACACCACUACGGUAUUCGACAACCCGGAGAGGGAUCGCGUACGCUUGCCCCGUCUAGUACCCUCCGAUGGUGUCUUAAUUCCAUACUCAUCUCGCGAUGCUUUGGGACAAUACUGGAUGCGAGAUCUCAACAACGGUGCAUAUCGCAAAGAAAGCUAUGUGGCUCACUUCAACUCUCCCGGAAGCGACAACGUUGUCCUGCUUACGGCUUCCCGGGUGCUGUCGUUAUGGUCGAAAAGGCUCAGAUUAGACUGGGACCUUCCGUUCACCGAGGUUCAAGGAGUAACGGUCGAGGAUACCGGAAUUCGUUUUGCGCACAAGGCCGGGAAGGAGCAUGACAAAUUCGUUUUCAUACCAGACAAAUCUUCUCAGAGCUGGUUCUUCGACAGGGUUGCAGGGGUGGUGAGAGCUUUCAAUCUGCGGCGUCGAAUGGAAGGAUGA